GGAGUCCGCAGCCCACUCCACUGACUCUCCUUCGGAGCCUUCACCCCAGAGAAUCCGAAAGAUGGAUUUUGGCAUGUCUGUUGCCCUGAGCAAGAGAUUCCAAGGAGGGAAAGCAUUCGGCUUGCUGAAAGCCCGGCAGGGGAGGAGGCUAGAGGAAAUUAACAGGGAAUUUCUCUGUGACCAGAAGUACAGUGAUGAAGAAAACCUGGAGGAAAAGCUCACUGCCUUCAAGGAAAAAUAUAUGGAAUUUGACCUGAACAAUGAAGGAGAAAUUGACUUGAUGUCCCUGAAGCGGAUGAUGGAGAAGUUGGGUGUCCCAAAGACCCACCUGGAGAUGAAGAAGAUAAUCUCCGAGGUGACAGGUGGGGUCAGUGAUACCAUUUCCUACAGGGACUUUGUGAAUAUGAUGCUUGGAAAACGUUCAGCGGUCCUCAAGCUAGUCAUGAUGUUUGAAGGAAAAGCCAAUGAGAAUGCCCCCAAGCCUGUUGGCCCCCCUCCUGAGAGAGACAUUGCCAGCCUGCCCUGAAGCCCCUGAUCUGCCAGCUCUGCCUGCUUCCCCACCCAGCACCCAGCUAGGUUUCUUGUGUCUCCUUAAGACUUUUCUUGUUUAUUCCUUUUUGCUUUGUGUUUUUUGUUUGCUCCUUGUUGGUUUGUUUUUCUUUCAUUUUUUACUUUAGAAAAUUUUAGUGAUUUUUUUUUUAAGGCACAAACUAAUCUGCCUUAGGGGAGUUAGGAAUGGGAGGAAUCCAGUGCCUUUGGUCCCCUCCCUUUUGCAGAAGGUCUCAUCUAACUUGAGAUGAAUGUUGGGGUAUCACUGAUGUCAAACCAAAUACCCAUCCUUUGAGACCACUAUUUCCUUUCUUCUAUAAGGUCUCUGAGUGAAAUUAGAUGUACUCUAAACUCCAUUGUGAGAUAAAGGUCUUAGAUUUAGGACCUGUAGAUAUUUUCCCACUUCUAGUAGCUUUUGGGGUGAUUUGAGCCAGAUUUUCACUUUAUCUGCCUCUUAAUGUCACCAUCAGGAAUCUAUGGCUUCUUGAUGGUUUGCCUUCUUUUUGAACAGAAUGGUAGGAGUCCUGGAGCAUAAGCUAAACAGCUGGCUACCACUAAGGUUUUCCCCAUCUGCUCUAUGGUCUCAGAUGCUCCUACACUUCUCUGCCUUCAAGAGCUCCUGCCAGUCAGCCUUUCAAUUUGGUAUAAUCCAGGUCUCCUGUGUUUUUUUGCUAGCUCUAAGCCCCCAGUUUCUGUCAUCAUGAGUGAAGGGAAGUGAAGGUGCUAAAAUCAAGCUGCCAGGAUUGAGAAGGGAGAGAGUGUGGAAGAAAGAGCUAAAACGUUGAGCCCAACAGAGUAUCAUGAGAAAGUUACAACAUCCUGAGGGGCCAAUGAUAACCCUUGGGGGACGGCGGGUAGAACAAGCAAGCUCCUCAGUGGGUGAGAUAUGAAUGGAAUUGUUGGACCAGGCUAGAUGCUGUCUUUUCCUGGGGCAAGAAAGAUAUGAGAAAAAGAGGAGGGGCUUUUAGAGACCUCCCUUCUAACUCUAGAUCUGUGACCCUCCCUGGGAGUCAGCACAGUCUUAGACCCAUUUCAAGAGAGGUUCUUGAGAACAGCAUCAUAGGCUAGUGGGGAACUGAGAAAUCCCAGUACCAAAAUAUCAUCCCUGACUCCAUAUGAAGAACUAGCAUUGGGACCCCAGGGAGGAGGAGACAGCCCUUCUGGCCAUGACCUGGUGGUUUUUUACUCCCUGUGUAAAGUUUUAAUGCCUCUUGAUAGCAAAGGCCCAGUGUCUUGCAAACCUCAGCUGGCCUUUGUUUUCAAAUUGCCCCUCAACUUUCUCUGAGCAGGAUAUCUGUGAUGCAUUCCAAAGGCAUCAUAUUCUAGAAACAGACUUUUGAAUUUUAGCUCUAAGGGAUUUUGGAACAUAGGAUAUUAGAUCUGAGGACCCUCUGGUCCUGCUGCAUUUUUAGAAAAUAGCUGAGACUGGUACUAUCUCUUUUGGAAGAAAAGGAGAGAAAGAGGUAGCCAGAAGGAUUCUAAGUUAUUGCUUUGUGUAAAUCCCACACUAGAUGAGGAUGACUGAGAACCUCAGUACAUAACCUUUAUAGUCUAGCAUUAGCAUGAGGAAUCCAUUUGCCCGGUCUAUCCAAUUUACUCCCAAGGACUUCUGCUUCCUGUCCUCCUAAGAUUCAGAAAGCUAAACCUUUGAAAUUCUUGAAGGAAAUUAAAAUAUUAGUCUCUUCACCCAUGGUUAGCAGGCAAUGAGUACCCUUAAAUCUAAGCUGCCUGACCUUGUGCAAUUCCCCUCUGGAAGCAAUGGGUCUGUGGAAGGGGCUUAUUGCAUAGAAUUAACCUAUGACAGGAUGGCUAUCCAAAGCCCAGGGCAGCAACCAUUUCGGAAUGCCAGCUUAGUAGCCUUUACCAAGAAACUCUGUAGAACCAGAGCACUGUAGAAAAUGUGACAAAUAUGGACUUUGUCUAUAUGGCUAGGUCCCUCUGGUAGAGUAGGGGUGGCUCUGUGUUAAUAGAUUAUUUGGUAUUGUUCACAAUGACUGUAUAAGAGGGAGAAAGGCUCUGGAAAAUGUAAGUAGUCCUAUCUAUGAAUAUUAGGAUGAAAUAACUGAAUGUCCCCUAUUCUGAGUAGGGCUUAGCCUGUAUCAUGUCUUCCUCUGAUCUUAAUUUAAUUGUGAUAGAUGCUGCUAAGCAAAGGACUUUCUGAAUUAGCUUGGAGACAGGGUGAAUAGCCUAGGAAAGUGAGAACUAUGCCAUUAUAUCAUGUGGGCUUACCCGGUCCUGACAGGUUCAGGAGCAAAGAAAACUUUUUGGCUAUGAGUGAUUGAAUUUUGGCCUAAAUAACUGCCAGUAUGUACAGACAUAGUUGAAGUUUAACCUUUGAAACAUUCCUACCUGCAAAUUGUACCCUUAUUAUUAUUUCCUUGAGACAACCAACAGAGUGAGCAGCUGGUCCAAAACACCAUUUCCCUCUCCUCCCCACCUUUUAAACUGUUGUCUUUUUCCCUGGGAUGUGCUUUAAGCAAGAUGAAGUCUAUUUUGGCAUCCCUGUCAGAUAACAGUGCAAAUGAUUAUGCCUUAGAAGUAAGGAAAGAAGGAGCUGGGCUUCUUUCAGUGGGUUUUGUGGCUUUCUAUGACCCCAGGAAAGCCUUGGGGAUUGAUUCCUUCUACUCCUGCAAGAAAUGGGAGCAAGUGAUUUGUUCACAAGCUCUGAAAAAGAGGUACAAAGGAAGGGGUCUCUUUGAAAGGGGUCUUCAGAUAAACCACAUCAACUCCUUCUCUGUGGCUCUUUGAGACUCAAAACCUGUUGGGAUUACCCUUCGCACAGAGCCAUUUCUGGGAAGGGUGAUACCUUGGAUGGAUGUGGGGAACUGCUCCCUGCCUUUGGAACUCAUCUUUUCUGCUGUGGACUUACAAGCUCUGGACUUUCAUAUCCUGACUUUUUACUUUUGAAAGACCAAAUCUGACCAACAUAUAACUCAACCAGAUUCUGCCAAGGGCUUGGGCCCUUUCUUAUGACUGAAAAGGAAGUGUUCACCAGAGCUGAGUAAAGUGUUUAUUUGUAUGUUUGUGUGUCUGGGGAGGGGGGAACACAAGGGAGAAGGGUCAUUUCUAUAGACUGAAAAUAAAUUGGAUGAAAUGGU